AUGGAUCAGGUCGAAGCAUAUACGGAUCUGAAAACAGCAGCUCGUUAUUUGCUAAUUGUGGAAAUGCAAAGUGGGAUGGAGUAUGGGAAGGGAGUGGAAAGAUGUCUAUUCUGGUCUGGUAUCAAAGAGCCUACAUUGGACAAUGAGCGGAUGCAAGAUGAAGUGUUCCAGCUGAUUCUUUUGUCCUUGAUUGAUCUUCUGAGUAUCUUCGAGGGCAAGACCCGCAUGUAUUCACAUUCAAAACUCUUGUGA